UUUAAACGGGGAGGUACUUUAGUGUUUCUCCGCUGCCUGGGCUCAGAGACAUGUCGGAAACCUCCCACGAGGGGCCCCGUGUAAUUCGAUGCAUGCUGUUAAAGCUUAGAGUAUAUUGUCUUCUCUUGCUUAUGAAGCCUCCACCCACCGGCCCACCCUACAUUUAGCGGAUCAUGUGACCGUGACGCCAUCAAUAACAGGAUGUUAAUGCUAGACGGAAUGCCUGCAGUCCGAGUCAAAGCAGAACCUCUGGAAUCUGAGAGAGGGUCACCCAAAGUGCACGGCUAUCCUGAUAUGGAGGGGGUGCCACUCCUGCUCAGCAAAGUGAAGGCAGAACCUCCAGAAGACCUGCUCUCAUCCGAGCAGUUCCAGACCCAGACGGAGCCCGUGGACCUGUCCAUCAACAAAACACGAACGUCAUCUCCUUCAUCCAACACCUCACCUGUUACCUCAGCCUUCUCUCCAUCCUCCUCAUCAUCAUCAUCGUCCUCACCUUCCGUCAUCGCCUCCGUCUCCUCGGGGAUGCCCUCUGUUUUGACACCCGGGUCGUUGGUGGGCUCUUCUCAUGGAAUAAGAGGCCAGCAGUUUUUGCACAUCAUUCACCCCGUCCCCCCUUCGAGCCCCAGUAAACUGCCCAGUCAGGUGCACCGUAUCCCUGUGGUGGUGCAGUCGCUACCCCUCAUGUACACCACAGCCGUACGCUCUCCUUCCACCCUCAACUCCACCAUCAUGUUACCUCUCCUGGACGAGGCCAAGUGCCAGGGCAAAGCACAAACAGACCCCAAUGGCCUGUCGCCAAGACAAAUCAAAAGUGACAGUGAUGAUGACGACCUGCCAAACGUGACCUUGGACAGUGUUAAUGAAACAGGAUCCACAGCGCUGUCUAUAGCACGAGCAGUGCAGGAUUCCAUGUCACCAUUCAGUAUUGAGAGCAUUCGACGGCCACAGCCACCUGAAUCUCCAGACUCCAAGAAAAGACGUAUCCACAGGUGCGACUUUGCAGGCUGUAAUAAAGUUUAUACCAAGAGCUCCCAUUUAAAGGCACACCGGAGGACACACACAGGUGAGAAGCCAUACAAGUGCACCUGGGACGGCUGCACAUGGAAGUUCGCCCGCUCGGACGAGUUGACACGACAUUACCGUAAACACACAGGGGUCAAACCCUUUAAGUGUGGGGACUGCGACCGAAGCUUUUCCCGCUCAGACCAUCUGGCCCUGCAUCGUCGCAGACACAUGCUGGUCUGAACCAACUCACUCACACACACGGGAGAGCUGGAUCUCCCCCAAUAGUGUUCAGCUGGGCUGGAUACAAAAACGGCCAUCCCUGCCCCUGAGAAAGAAAGAGAGAGAGGAUAAAAGAGCAAGUGAAAGAGGAGUACAAUGCUUUCCCCACAUUUGCAGAGCUAAACAGGGUCCAUUCAGGGAGGGAGGAGGCUCAUCUACAGGCCAGAAACAUUUGAAGUCCAGGAUGUUGAUUGUCUCAUGUGUGUUCAAAGGAAUAUUUCACUCGGACAAACUCGGUUUGUCUUCUGAUUUUUCCCAUUCUGAAUCAUCCUUGCGUUCUGUUUAAACAUGGCUGCUUCUCAGUCAACAUCUACAAUGUGAAGAAACGCAGAGUGGAAUGGCUUUACGUGUUGUUCUGGCAGAUGCAAAGGGGAGCUUGCCCGGGAAUUGUAUGGUUGCACAGUUUUUUACAUUUACCUUUUUGUGGAACAUCAAGAGCCAGAAGGAUCUGUGAAGGAUCGUGCAGUUCUUCUGAUGACGGAGACUUUGGGCCAGUGAUUCCUGAGGUUUCAGAGGGUUGCCAUUUACAGGUCAACAUACCAGCGAAUGAGAUUACACAAAAAAAACAACCUAUAUUUUGGGUCAUUAUAUCUUUUGUUACCCCCCAACAGUUGAUUUUAAAUUGAAAUUGAUUCGAUUUGAUAAACAGACAAAACGUGUGGGCUUCUGCAGUCCACGAUCCAAAUUUGUCUUUAUUACAUCACACCGACUCACUAAUUAGAGUAAAUCUGGAUAAUGAGGGUCUACUCAGACAGGUAGCUUGUGGUAGAAGAGCAAUAUACUCAUUCUGAGCACCAGAUGGGUGAGCUGGUAUGGCUUUCACCCUUAUACAGUACGUACUUAUCUAUCUACUUACUGUACAUAUCUAUCCAUUUAUCUGUCUCUAUCUAUCUAUCUAUCUAUCUAUCUAUCUAUUAAGUACGUACUUACAUCAGGUGGCUUUUAAACACAGAAAAAUCUUUGGGUUUCUACCAAUGCCGCUUUGUUUUCUAUAAUUCAGAUACCUCUUCUAUUUAUAGUGGAUUUCUAGCUGGCAGAUUUUGGAGGUGAAGUCACUCACAACUUUGUACAAUAUGCAGAGGAAUUCUCUUGUUGAAUAUCCUCUGUUUUCUUUUCCUUUUGUGAGAUUGCUUUUGGACUAUGACGCCUAGAUGUAAUUCAUGGUCAGUACUUACUGAAGUACUCUAAGUAUUGUGUUAAUUCUUCAGUUAAAGUUUUUGAAAACAUCAGUGUAUCCAUUUUUUGUAAUUAUUUUGAAAACACUUUAAUUAGUUAAUGCAUUAGGUAACAUUGAACUAACAAUGUAUGUACACUACUGUUCAAAAGUUAGGUGUCUAGAAGUGUUUUGUAAAAGAAGUUUCAUAUAACAUAUGUUCAUCAAAAAUACAGUAAAACAAAAAUAAUGUAAAUUAAUGUUACAAAUUAAAAUGACUGUUUUCUAAUUUAAUAUAUCACGUAUUUAUAUUUAAUAUAAAAUGUAAUUUAUUCCUGUGAUGGCAAAGCUGGAAUUUAAACAUUACUCCAGUCUUCAGUGUCACAUGAUCCUUCAGAAAUCAUUCUGAUAUGCUGAUUUGAUGCUCAUUUAUUAUUAUUAUCAUCAGUGUUGAAAAUAGUUGAGCUGCUUAAUAUUUUUGUGGAAACCCUAAUACAUUUUUUUGUAUACUAUUUGUUGAAUAGAAAGUUUAAAGGAACAGCAUUUAUUUAAAAUUAAAAUCUUUUGUAACAGUAUUACUAUUUUUACUGUCACUUUUGAUCAAUACACCCUUGCUGAAUAAAGGUAUUAAUUAAAAUAAAAUCUUACUGACUCCAAACUUUUGAAUGGAAGUGUGCAGCACAACAAUAUUUCAAGCAUUUAUAAAUCAAGGUGAACGGUAAAUCAUAAAUAUACAAUUGUUCUGUUCAUGAUGUGUUAUACAAUUCGUGUUUGUUCUUGAUAGAGUACUGUUAGUUUAAACAACUCGAAAUAAUUAGUGUAUGUAAAAAAUUAACCCAGAUUAAUGAGUGCUAUUGAAGUGUUAUUCAUGGUUAGUUUAUAAUUUCUGAUGUAUUAACUAAUUUUAAAAUUGAGCCUUAUUAUAAAAUGUUACCAAUGUUUUUCCACCCACACAUAUCUUCGCGUCAUCCUCGCGCCACACCAUUGGAACAAUCCCCAAAGUGACCAGUAGAGGGCAGCCAGUGAGCUACAUUUCAAAAGCGAUCUCCGAAAGCCUCUCUUUUUUCUCUUUUUCUUCUUUUUAAAUAUUCUUUAUGCAUUCUAAUGUUGGAGAUGUUGGAAAGUGAUUGAAAUAUUUACUGAGCCAUAUCUGUUCAUAUUAGAAUUUGUUCUGUUUAGUUAAGAAAUGUCUCCUAUCUAUCUAUCUAUCUAUCUAUCUAUCUAUCUAUCUAUCUAUCUAUCAUCUAUCUAUCGAGGUAUUUCUUAACUUAUAUAUAUAGACACACUACACUAACCAAGAUACUCAAAAGAAGCAAUAUGCCACACUUGUGUGAAUACAAGUAUUUUUUCUUUUUCUUUUUACAUAUACUGUAUCCUGAUAAAUCCACUGUACGUUCCAUGAUCAUGUUCAUGUUAAAGUAUAAGUUUUCACUGUCUAAGUUCUGUUUCUGAAAGGACAUCUUCUGUCCCUGUGAUCCAUAUGCACUUUCAAGCGGCUACAGAAAGCCAUGUGAUCGCUUCUCAGAUGAUUAGAAAUGACUAGAAUUUACAUUCAGAAGGUCCACCUGACUACAUGCACAGACAGAUCAGGUGAUCAAACACACUGACUAAAUCAACAAUCAAUUACACAGUUGCUGGGGCAUGUAGAGACUUUUCGUCACCAACAAAAGGAAACUAAACUCAAAUGCUGUGAAAGGAAACAUGUCAAUAGAAACAUUCUUUACUUAGUAACCGUUUGUUCGUUAGAGACGACCAAUCAAUUUCGAGCAUUGUUUGUUUGUUCGUUCAUUCUGAAGUAUUAUGAUCCACCAUGUUUUAUGUUCCUUACUAUGUAUUUGUGUACACACGUGGGUAUUCUGUUGUAUAUGGGCUUGAACAUAACAUGAGCACCUUGUUUUUAUGAAGUAUGGAAGUAAUUAUUUUAAGAUAGAUGUGACAUUAAUCACCAAUGUAUCUUAUCAUCAUAUUCUGUAUUUUGAAGCGUGUCUGUAAUGUGGGGCACUUCAUCUGCAUAUGACUAUUUUCUGUACAAAAAAAAUACUUUUAAAGAUGUUGUAAUAUAUGUGAAAGUGAAAAGAUAUUGCUCCGUUUUACAGGCUGUAAAUACCUAUCCAAAUAGGGCUUUUUUAAAACACAAGGGAUUAUCUUUAUACGUAAUAUGCAGAUUUUUCAGAGACAUUCAUUUAGCUAAUAUAAAGAAAAGUGUUCAGCUGUUCUAUGUGUGGGAGGACAAUGAAGGCUUGUCAUCUUAAAGAGAUAGUUCAGCCAAAACUGAAAAAUCUGUCAUCAUUUACCCACAAUCAUGUCGAUCGAAAUCUGUAUGACUUCCCUCUGAACACAAAAGAAAAUAUUUUGAUUUUUUUUUUGACCUCACUGACUUUCACAUUUAUAAAUGUAUAGAUAUAGAUUGUGUUCUACAGAAAAAAAGAAAUCAUACAGGUUUGAGAUGAUGUGGGUGAGUAAAUGUUGACAGAAUUUUCAUAUUUGGCUGAAUUAUCUUUGUAAACGCACAUGUAGGACCGGUUCAAGCCCCACUCUGAGCAGGCUGAGCAAAACCGGUUGCAGUUGCAUGCCAUUUUUAUAAACAAUCAAAAUUAAAUGUUCAUUACAGUAUUCAGGCAAAGCUGCCUCAUUUUUAGAAACUAUUUUAAUGUUUUUAUACUGACUCUAAAAAUGUGAAUAAAGUAAAAACCCAAUGAAAAGUGUGUUUCCAGCACAGUAUUCAAGAGUCAUGAGCAACAAAUUUAGUGAUUAAUAUUCUACCGGUAAGAUUUCAGAAAAAUGAAGGAUUGUUUUACUCAAUUCUGCAUUACUUUCCCUCCCCUUUGACAUUCUUAUGUUUUUUUGUGGCAUAAUUUUGCAAAGGCAAACAGGGUCAAAGUUAUGCAAUAAUGACGAGUGCCUAGUAUUAUUAAGAUUCCCACAUACAGGAAGUUAAUCACUCAGACAUGACACAAAGAUCUGUUCUUUUAAAAUGCACUGAGCCUUAUGAACCAUUUUGAAGCUGUAAAUAUCCCAGUUGGUGUUUGUUGAACAUUCUUUAUGUGUCUCCUAUGGAAGCUGCAUAAGAUUUAUAUGGAAGGACACAUUUGCUUAAAUAAACAGGACUCCGGUUUACCUCUGACUUCAUAAAGUCGUGCGAACUUCUCAUGUGCCCCCAGUUAUGGAAAUCGAGCAGAAAAAUAUUCUGAAUGUUAAGACACUGGUGGUACGGCGUAAUAAUUCCUCCGUGAACAGCAUUUCCCCCCUUGAGUCUCUGUAAAAUAUUACCUUUGUUUAUGUAUUUACUUUACUUUCUUUGGAAUCAAGUAUUUACUCAAUGGCCUUUGUUUCUUGUUUUGCUGAUAUUCUGUAAUUAUCUUUCUUGUAUUUAUGUAUAGUGUGUGUAUUGUAAAUAUAUUCAGAGCUUUUUUUGGUUUUAUUGUAAAGUUGUGAUAUUUUUCCCUGCUAAACUUCAGAGGGAUUCCCUUCACAUUGGAUCCUGUUGGAGGAUGUCACGUCCCGAUCGUUUCAGAGGUUAAAAGUGUUUCAGCUUUAUUUUGCUUCUCCAGAAGUUGUCUAAAUAUUCUGUGCUUUUUGCUAUUCUCUGUAUUUUCUUUCUUUUUUUUUUUCUCCAGAAGAUUGAGCUGUGAAUUGAAAUUGAGGUUACACAUUAUACUUGUUUGAUAAUCUAAUUGGAGGCAUGGAAGUUAAUAAACUUGCAUUUUGUAUGGAA